GGAAAAGUGAAGAGGGGAAGAGAGCGUCAUGGCGAUUAAGAAGACACGUCAGCGUGUCUACAAGAAAGUCCGGAGAACCCCGAAAAGUCUACACAGGUGAGAUGCGUCACUGACUGUGACUGCAGCGUCAUAAACUGCAACGUUCCAUGCUUGCUGUCUACAGGAGGCGAUUCGACGUCAAGAAGAGCAUGCGAGACCCAACUAUGGUCAGAAGAGAGGAAGAUGAGACCUCGACAGACAUGCUUCUUUUCCUCACUGGUCCGUUUGUUGCGUGCGCAGAAGAGCCUGUGGGAUGAUUCCAAGACGGUCACGCAGAACCUCGCAGCCACCAGCGUGGCCGCCUUCGCUGAACAACUGCCGGAGAAGAUCCCCAAAUCAGUGCCAAAGAAGUAAGCACGAAGGAAAGGGGCGUUGAGGCGGGCGUCUGAAUGCGUAUUAGUAACUGACUUUCAGGCUGUCAGAGUGGGACGCUCCUAUCGUCAAGAAGCUACACGAAAAGCACGGGGACGACUACAAGGUGGGCCAGCCACUGAAUACCCCCCCGCGCAUGCAUGGCUGCACCUCAAUCGCCUCCGGUGUGUCUUUGUUGGUUGUGCAGGCGAUGGAGCGCGACAUCAAGGUGAACGUGCUACAGUGGACUGCGGCAAACAUCGAGAAAAGGGUGGCCAAAUGGAAGAGAAACUACGUGUCGGGUCUGCCAAAAGGACCUGCCCAGAAGGAUGACGGCAAGGGGCAGCUGGGGGGGCGUGCGGCCGAGAGUGACGUGCAGAUGGCGGAAGGCGAGCCCAAGGAGGUGACCAGGGCUAUGCGGAGAAGGGAGAACAUGAAGCUGAGGAAGAUGAUACUGACAAGAAAGUGAACAUGCGCCUGUCGUAGGUUGAUGGAUGGAUGGGUGGACGGAUGGAAGG